AAGCAUUGGAAGGUGAACAGUCCAGGAAAAGAAGGCAGACCGUUUCUUCAUCUUCCAGGGCUUGUUCAAGCUUUAUCAGAUCAUGUUCUGCUUUUUCCUACGAUAGAUAUUUCCCAUCGUCUGAUUGAGCUCUAACAUAUUAUUAUCCUUUGAAAAAUGUCCUCAAUGAUUGGAAUUAUUUUUAAUAAAAACAAAAUAUGCAAUGUAAAAACGUUGUUAGUAUACCACAUAGAUUCUCCAAUGACACUUUAAGCUUGUUGGCCUUUGCUUCUGCUUCAUUCAUUCUGACUUGUAGCUUUUCCAGCAACAUCUUCUUCUCUUGUACCUCCUCUUUGGAUUUUCUAGAAAAUACUCCAACGACUAUGUGUGUGUGUCCACACAAUAAUCAAUGGAAUUAUGACUACUGCUGAACGAACUGAGAUUUCUUGAUGAAGCUCGUCAACAUUCGAUGCAGCAGAUGCAUUUGCUUCAGCACCGUAUGCAUGAGCGCCAGAAGAUGCAUCGACCAGGGAAAAAUUGAUAAAGACAUAAAUAAUAUAUAUGCUGUCUCCAUAACCAUAAGGACAUUGCUUGGUUUUGUGGUUCUAGCUUUGAUAUGGGCAGAUAAGUUCCCACCUUUCAUGCUUCUGACCAUCGCAAUACUGAAUGAUGGUACCAUCAUGACGAUUUCAAAGGACCUAGUAAAGCCAUCUCCAAUGCCUGACAGUUGGAAGUUGAAUGGGGGGAUUUGAGACGAACAUUGUCAUUGCCAUCUUCUCUUGGUUUGGUUACCGUCUUCAAAGGGUGGAUAACUUUCUUUUCCGUGCCGUUUCUUAGUGUGAUUGCAAAUUUUGUAUAGAGAGAACAAUGUAUUGAGAUGUGGAUAUUUAAGCCUUGAUUGGCAGGAAUUUUAUGUUUUGUAUAGAGAGAACUAUGUAGUUGACACAUUUUUUGGAUCAAAACCUUGUGUCUCAUAUUAUUUGGAGUUAA